CAUUCCAUUCUAUCCCAUCUCGAUCUACCAUAGUACCAUACUACCAUGCCAUGACAAUUCCACCCUCCACUCUCCCUUUAUAUAAACCACCAUUCAACCUUCUUCCUCUACUACAUCGUUUCUCCAGCCUCUAAACUCUGUUUUUCCAACAGGCGGCGCCACGUCAUCCGCAGCCGCCGACUUUUAACUAACUCCGUCAUGGAUUCCUCGAAUGGCGCUGCGUACGAGCCCUUGCCGGAGAGCGACGGAGCGGUUGCAUCGCCGCAUGGCGAUAACGAAGCCAGCAAUGAGCUGGAGAGAAUCCUCCUCGACACUGGAAUCCCGCGGUGGCAGCGCCUUAAGCUCGCCACGUGGAUCGAAUUGAAGCUCCUCUGUUACCUCGCCGCCCCCGCCGUCAUCGUCUACAUGAUCAACUACCUCAUGUCCAUGUCCACCCAAAUCUUCUCCGGCCACCUCGGCAAUCUUGAACUCGCCGCCGCUUCCCUCGGCAACACCGGCAUUCAAAUCUUCGCCUAUGGUCUCAUGCUGGGAAUGGGAAGUGCGGUGGAAACACUGUGUGGGCAAGCAUUUGGAGCAGGGAAAUAUGAAAUGCUGGGGAUAUAUCUUCAAAGAUCAACAGUUCUGCUGACAAUAACCGGUGUUCUUCUUGCUUUGAUAUAUGUUUUCUCGGAGCCUAUACUAAUAUUCCUCGGCCAAGCACCAAACAUUUCCUCGGCCGCUGCCUUGUUUGUCUACGGCCUAAUUCCCCAAAUCUUUGCCUACGCCAUAAACUUCCCCAUCCAGAAAUUUCUGCAAGCUCAGAGCAUUGUAACACCGAGUGCUUACAUAUCAGCUGCCACGCUGGUGUUCCACCUCAUAUUGAGCUGGCUUGCGGUGUAUAAGCUGGGGCUUGGGCUCUUGGGGGCAUCUCUAGUCCUCAGCUUUUCUUGGUGGGUAAUUGUGAUAGGCCAAUUUGUUUAUAUAGUGAAGAGUGAGAAGUGCAGGCAAACAUGGACAGGGUUCAGUGUUCAAGCCUUUUCAAGCCUGUGGGGAUUCUUUAAAUUGUCCGCGGCCUCGGCCGUGAUGCUGUGCUUGGAAACUUGGUACUUUCAGAUUCUUGUUUUGUUGGCUGGUUUGCUUGAGAAUCCUGAAUUGGCUUUGGAUGCACUGUCUAUUUGUACAACAAUUUCUGGAUAUGUUUUUAUGAUAUCAGUUGGAUUCAAUGCAGCGGCAAGUGUGAGGGUGAGCAAUGAACUGGGAGCAGGACACCCAAAGUCGGCAGCAUUUUCAGUGGUGGUCGUGAACUUGAUCUCUUUUAUCAUCUCGGUGAUAGCCGCCAUCAUUGUCCUUGCUUUGCGUCAUGUUAUCAGCUAUGUGUUCACAGACGGAGAAGUUGUGGCUGAUGCUGUUUCCGAUCUCUGUCCAUUGCUUGCACUUACCCUUGUUCUCAACGGGAUCCAACCUGUAUUAUCUGGCGUGGCUGUUGGAUGCGGGUGGCAAACGUUCGUUGCAUAUGUCAAUGUUGGCUGCUAUUACGUAGUAGGAGUUCCUGUAGGAGCAGUCUUGGGAUUUUACUUCAACUUAGGUGCUAAGGGUAUAUGGUGUGGAAUGAUUGGUGGAACGGUGAUGCAGACCAUCAUUUUGUUGUGGGUCACAAUUCGAACGGAUUGGAACAAAGAGGUGGAAGUAGCCAAGAAAAGAUUGAAUCAGUGGGAUUCAAAACCGGAACCCCUUUUGUCCAAGACCUGAAAGAGGAGCAUACAAACGAAGGCAUUGCUUUGCAUUAAUUCUUUCCCUGGCGGGAUUGCCAAUUAAUUAGUCAACUAAAAGGUGUCUGAUAAACGAGUUGCUGCUGAGAUGAGAGCUGGCGACAUUGUGUAUUUUAAGUCAGGAAUCUGGGCAGGAAAUUUAGACUCAAGGAAGCUUAAUGUUGUGUCAACAGAUAUGUGCAAUAGUACGUGUUUAGUGGUGUACUUCACUGUUCUAGCCUUCCGGGCUGUAUUCAAAAUAAAUUUGUUAUAAGUUCAAUUGGAAAUCAUGAUUUCAACUUCCUGAACGUCUCUGUCAUUCUUAGAUCCCAGAAAGUAAUAAAAUAUAGAGCAUUGUCUUUUAGUGUA